CACACCCGUAUUACUGUCUCCUUUGGCAGUUCCCACGCCACACCCGAGCUUUCACAUUCUCUUCACAGGGGAGAGGGGCUUUAACCCAAAUAAACCAAUUCUCUUCGAAGACGACGAAGAGGAAUUGACAGUGGAUUGAGAAUGAGAGUCACCAAAACUCAGGAUCGGGCACUGAUAGGGCUUCUUCUGCUGCUGCUGCUGAGCUUCGUGCGAGACCUCUCGGCGCUCUCGAUUUCAGUGGAACGCGAGGAGUGCGUCUACGAGUACGUUAUCUACGAAGGCGACAUCAUCUCCGGCAACUUCGUCGUCGUCGACCACGAAAUCUUCUGGGUCUCCGGCCAGCCCGGCCUCGACUUCACCGUGACAUCUCCUGCAGGUAAUGUGGUGUACACUUUGAAAGGGACAGGUGAGGACAAAUUUGAGUUCAAGGCCCCACGAGGUGGAAUGUAUAAAUUUUGUUUUCAUAAUCCUCAUGCAACACCAGAGACUGUCACGUUCUACAUACAUGUUGGCCACAUUCCUGAUGAACAUAACCUUGCAAAAGAUGAACAUUUGAGCUCUGUUAAUGUUAAGAUUGCUGAGCUGAGGGAGGCAUUGGAAACUGUAACAGCAGAGCAGAAAUAUUUGAAAGCACGUGAUGAUCGUCACCGUCGCACGAAUGAGAGCACUCGGCAGCGUGUCAUUUUUUACACAUUUGGAGAGUACGUUUUACUGGCCUUUGUGAGUACGCUUCAAGCAGCAUAUAUACGUCAGCUAUUCAGUAAGUCAGUUGCUUACAACAGGGUGUGAGGCAUUGGGAUGAAUCUUCAGGGUUACUGUUUAUUAACCAUUUAGUAUUUGGAAAGUUUGAUAAUUUAGUGAAACACGGCUCAGAGUCGCAAUCCACAUGCUGACUAGUACCAUUUGUUCACAGCCGCAGGUUUUUUAGUUGAUAGAAUUGAAGUAUCAUCUGCAGUUAAAAGAGAAGCAUAUGAUUUCAUUCUUUUUUUAUUUUAUUAUUAUUGGCAGAAUGUUUCUAUAAGCAUGUUAUCUAAUUCGUGGAAUACUCUGGGUGAUUCAGAUAAUGUGUCUUUGUUAGUAAGGAAUGGCAGUGGAUUCAAGCUUUCGCACAAAAUCUUUUUGGAUCAGUCAUGAAUUUGCUGUGCCCAGUAUGAAGUAUCAGUCAUGAAACACUUUAUUAUUGUUGUAUUUUCACCGUAGUUAAUUAUGCCUUCUGGGGUUCAGCCAUUUCUGAUCCCCAUCCGCCCUGGAGUUCGCUGAUAAUUCUUGAAUGAUUUUGGAUUCCGGGUGUUUCAAUACCAAAGAUCUGGACUCCGAUGGUAGCAUCUGACAUAUGGUUGCACCAUUCUUGUUAGGGUUGCCUUAGAUUCUUCUUUUUUGUUGAUUCUUCAUUUAGCAAUAGAUUCAAACGUAUGGCAAUUAAUGUCAAUCUGAAGUUCCUUUGAUCUAGAGAUGGCAACAAAGCCCAAUAUUACCGCGAAGCAUGCUGGUUGAGAGAAAUACACCAAUCCUAAUGCACGGCAAAACAGGGAAGAGAUCACCAAAAAAUGCCCACCAAAAAGAGAGGUAGGCCACUUGGGUUUAACCGGGCAAAUGAUAGGGGAAGAAAGCUGUAUGUUGCCCGAGAGAAAGCUUUUGCCCUAGUUCAAUUAUUGUCAUUUGAAUUAAGGGAAAUGACGGAGCAUUCUCUUAUCCAUUUUUAUUUUCAAGCUUUUUAGUUUUCAUUUGUAUGUUAACUAGAUGUAAAAAUUAAAUUGACAUGGAAAAAUGGUUUAAGUGCUGCAUAGGAGUGGUAAAUAUAUUCAAGGCCGUGACACUUAUUAUCAGUGGAUGCUAUUGUUAGUAGUGGUUUUCCACUGCCAUUUUCUUGUUAUGUUCGUGUCGGAUGACUGCUGCUUUAAAGAAUAUUUUAUGUUUAUGCUGCAAAGAAAUUCGGUGCUAUAUGCAAAGAACCAAGUCCAGCUGGAACGUUUCAAAUGAAUGUGUGGAAAUUUGUCGGGUAAUUUUCACCUGGACCAAUGGGGUUGUAGAUGGGAAAUUACUUUUUUUUUUCUGUAUGACAUCUUGUUAUUUUAAAAUGGUCAAAGGGAAUGGAUUUGUUAACUCAACAUCCUUUAGAAUUACCAGUAACAGCUCGUUACAGCUCGUUUUUAUGCAGCUGACAUUUAAAGCUUGUAAAUCUUGUACGGUACUCUAAUCUCAACUACGAGCAGAAAGCAAAUAGAAAACGUUUAAAUUCUGAAUAGAUUCAGGAAGUGGGAAAAAAAAAUUACUAACAUUUGGUGGUAUUAAAGAACAAAAAGGAGAAUUUCAGUCCUUCGCAUCCGCAAUUCCUCCUGGCGUUAUCUGAAAGACUUGCUUUUGUCAAGAACAACUUUGUAAAGAAGC